AUGAACGAAAUAUAUUUGGUUAAUUUUGUUAUUUUCAUCUGUCUCUUUUUAAAGCAAAGUUUUUGCGAAAAUAAUCGUUUAAACGUUGAUCUUCGCGAUGAGGAGCACUGCAUCGGCGAAUUUUUCAAUCCAACUUGUCCACAAAGUGAAGUCCUCGUCAUCCGAAGAGCUAACUAUGGUCGGAUGAAUAUUGGCAGGUGUCUAACAGAGAAAGCCAUGGAAGCUUACGGUUCACAGAAUUCAAAUCCAAAAUUUUUUGGAUGUUUCAAAGAUGUUUCAAGUUAUCUGAAUAAAAAAUGUGCCAUGAAAAACAGUUGUGAGGUGAAAAUCAUUGAGCUGGAAACUCUUAACGACGACGUCUGCUUCCCUGGCCUCAAGUUGCAUCUGAACGUAACUUACACUUGCUUGAAAGCAUCGGAACAAAACGAGGAAUAUUGUUCUGCCGAAAUUUUCAGACCAACUUGUGAGAGCGGAGAAGUGAUUGUCGUCAAGAAAGCUCAUUACGGACGGAUGAACAUUGGACGAUGUUUGACGGAAGCUGCAUUGGAAGCCUAUGGCUCCCAUAGAAACAAUCAAAACUUUUUCGGUUGUUACAAGGAUGUAAGUUCAUAUCUAAUUGACAAAUGUAGUAUGAAAAGUAGUUGUGAUGUGAGGAUAACCGAGUUGGAAAAGAUGGCUGAAGGCGUUUGUGUACCUGGACUGAAGUUGCAUCUCAAUGUUACCUACCAUUGUUUGAAAGCUUCAGAACAAAAUGAAGAGCUUUGCAUCGGUGAAGUAUUUAAACCAACUUGUGAGAACGGAGAAGUAAUUGUUGUUAAGAGAGCUCAAUACGGGCGAAUGAACAUUGGAAGAUGUUUGACGGAGACUGAGUUGGAAGCCUAUGGGUCGCAGAGGAACAAUCCACAAUUUUACGGUUGUUCCAAAGACAUUCAAACUACAAAACUUUCAACAUCUAUCAAACUUUCAACAUCCAUCAAACCCCUAUUAAAUGCAGUUGUUCAGCUGGACGACGGUUGCGAGAUGUCGGCGACGAACGAGGUGAAGUACGUGGAGGCGUCUGAGAUAUCCAGCAGGAGCAGGUGUGCAUCGGCCGGCAAGUCAUUCAGCAUUGAAGCCCCCAGAGGUCAGAACAUCAAAAUGACUCUCCAGUUGCUCCAUCAACUCGAGAAGAAGAAGCAGGAAGGUGAGGAGGAGGAAGAAGAAGUGAUGUGCGAUAGAGUCCUGGGCACGAUUAAAUACCUCAACAAGGAUUACAUGAACAUUUGUAGCAAUGGAUUUGCUAGGGACAAAGAUUCCCUUGUCAAACAGGAAUUUGUCUCCAGUUCCGAUCUGAUUUACGUCAGCUUGGUCCAUAAGGCCAUCAAAAGCAACAUGCUCCUAAUAAAAGUUGAAGCCGUAGGAUGCAGGGACAUAAUUCAGCCGGAAGACACGUGGAUGCAACGCAGUGGAGAUGAGAUGAUCAUCGGAUGUUUCAUGACCAAACAGAAAUGGUACCUACGCUGCUUGGACCGCGUCUGGUCUGGCGUCAUUGGGAACUGCUCCUCAGAAACGCAACUGCCUGAUGCCGUUUCGUCCGCUAAAGAAUUCAGUGAAGAUUCUGAUAUAGAGUCCCAAACCAUGAACAAAAAUCUGGUUGGAGGUGACUAA